AAGGAGUGCAAUAAAAGAGGACCUGCAUAGUUGGGUAGGUUUGGGUUUUUAUAGUGCUUUCAAGUCUUUGUUUGUUUCCUUUAAUUUCUCUCUAAUUGCCUUGGGUGCAAUUCCAAAGGAACAAAAUUUUAAACCUACUUAUCUGAUCUUCAAUGUAUUAUAUGAAUCCAAUGCAAGCAAUCAUGAUCUUGAUGGUGAAUGCAUAAGAGGGGGCCUCUCUUUGCAGGUUUAAUUAACCUUCUUCACCCACCUUCCUUCCCACCAUUAAUACACACAGAAAGAGAGAGAGAGAGAGAUAAACAAGUCCCUUUCUUUUACCUUUUCUUGCGUGUAUGGGUGUUUGGUGCAAGUGAUAUCAAGAAAAUUUCAGAUUUGCUCUUCUGCUCUUUUGUUUUCUUUCUUUCUUUCCUUUGCUUUUGUUUUUUCUUGCUAACAAUGAUGUGUUAGUUUUCUCAGUUUCUUUCUUUUUCUUGAGACUGAAUGAGAAAUGGGUUUUGUAGAAAGGAAGAGAAGAUUUCCUGUUCUUCUUCUUCCUCUUAUUCUUGCCCUUCUUUUCCUAGAAAAAUUUACUUUCAUUUCUGGUCUAAAUUACACAAAUUAUAGGCAUGUGAGUAGCUUGAGACUUAAAAGGAUUCAGAGACACUUGGACAAGAUUAACAAGCCUAGUGUUAUGACCAUAGAGAGCCCAGAUGGAGACAUCAUAGAUUGUGUUCAUAAAAGAAAACAACCAGCUUUAGAUCACCCUCUUUUAAAGAAUCACAAGAUUCAGAGAGUGCCAUCACAAAUGCCAAAAGUGAAAAAGAUAAAGGAAGAAGAAAUGGAGAUGAGGAGCAACGAAGCAACGGAGAAAGGUGCAUGGCAAAUGUGGCAUAGAAAUGGGACAAGGUGCCCUAAGGGAACUGUUCCAAUACGGCGGAGCACAGUCCAUGAUGUUUUAAGAGCCAAGUCAUUGUUUGACUUUGGGAAAAAGCCGCCUCCUACCUCUCUUUUUCGACGCUCCGAUCCACCCGCUGUAGUUAGUGGCAAUGGACACGAGCAUGCGAUCGCCUACACUGGAUCAUCACAAGAAGUGUACGGAGCAAAGGCAACUAUAAACGUGUGGGAUCCAUCCAUCCAAGUGGUCAACGAGUUCAGCUUAUCGCAAAUUUGGGUUCUUUCGGGAUCAUUCGACGGCUCAGAUCUCAACAGCAUAGAAGCUGGAUGGCAGGUUAGUCCGGAGCUUUAUGGUGACAGCAGGCCCAGAUUGUUUACAUACUGGACAAGUGACUCAUACCAGGCAACAGGAUGUUACAACCUUCUCUGCGCAGGGUUUGUUCAAAGCAAUAGCAGAAUAGCCAUUGGAGCUGCCAUUUCUCCUGUAUCAUCAUAUGCAGGCAGCCAAUAUGACAUUACCAUUCUCAUUUGGAAGGAUCCAAAAGUAGGGAAUUGGUGGUUGGGAUUUGGUGACAAUACCCUAGUAGGGUAUUGGCCAGCGGAGCUAUUUACACAUCUAGCAGACCAUGCCACCAUGGUGGAGUGGGGUGGUGAAGUGGUGAACUCUAGGGCCAAUGGCCAUCACACUUCAACCCAGAUGGGCUCAGGCCACUUCGCCGAAGAUGGGUUCGGAAAAGCAAGCUAUUUUCGGAACUUGGAGAUUGUUGACUCCGACAACAGCCUCAGCUCAGCCCAUGCUAUCUCUGUACUAGCUGAGAACACAAAUUGCUACAAUAUCCAGAGUUCCUACAACAAUGAAUGGGGCACAUAUUUUUACUACGGAGGCCCUGGAAGCAAUCCGCAGUGCCCGUAAUCACAUCUAUAUCAUCACCACUACCAUUAUUAUUAUCAUCAUUGUAUUUUAAAAAAAUAUAAUUUCUUAGGAGUUCACCAGUAAAUUUCUUAUUAUCAAAUUCUUUAAUCAUGUAAUUAUAGUUUUGCUAUUUCCGUUCUUGUUUCUGCUAGCUCUUCUAACAUGUGAGAAAGGAAUGUACCAUGCCAUUAACUAAACAAGCUAGACAAAAGUAUAGCAAAAACAGGCAUGAAAAUAGCAUGUUUUGGAUAGAUAUCUCUUACGUUGAUUGCUAGUUGCUUGGAAUGUAGCUUCAAUUGCAAAAGAAAAAGUUUGUGUCUUGAUAUCUCGUUCCAUUUAUUGGUUUAUCCUUUCCAA